AUGAGUGUACGGCAUCAACAGAUCGUCUUCUGUGUAUUGGAACAAUUUAGUUCGAUCGCAGUUGGAACCGGUUCCACUGUUCACUAUGAACAAAUAAGCGUACCGACUAAUGUACCUCAAGAAGUUAUUGAUGCAAGUUACGUUGUGUACAAUGCCCGUGACCUGGCUUCAUUGAUCGACAAAGCCGAGGAGUCGGUGCAAGCUCUUCGCGACUUGCGGUGCUUUGAGGAAGAAAAGAGUCACUUCAUAGUACACUACCUACUACGCAAAUUGGACAUUUCAACGAAAGAAGCUUGGAAUGUAUUGCGUGAAGGGAAAGAUGACUUCCCUUUCUACAAAGACCUGCUGUGCUUUCUUGAGCGAAGACUUCAAACGCUCGAGCAAACACAAUCAUCGUCGUCGCAGAGCGAGACUCGUAAAUCCACCAAGUCAGGACCAAUAGCCACGACGGAUCAUCGACGGCCGAUGAAAAUGACACUGUUUCGGUCUCGAAUUUCGACAAAUGUCAUCGGAGUCGGCGCUCAAGCUCAAACGACGGCCCGAUCCAUUGUGCAGUUCACAGUCAGCCCUUUCUUCGAAAGCCCUUGCAGCAUUCACGUCCCGGCUCUCGUUGUAAAUGAGAUCACCGGCAAACUACCCGGCCGUCAAGUCAUGUCGGCAAAUUACCCGCAUCUUGACGGUCUAAAAUUGGCAGAUUCUCACUAUGGCAAGCCCCGCAAGGUGGAUCUGCUACUGGGAGCAGACAAGUUUCCAUAUAUCAUUCGGCCAGACCUACGACUAGGCCCUGACGGGACUCCUGCGGCGCAGCAGUCGAUCUUCGGGUGGCUACUGACUGGCCCAACUGGGUUCACUGACGGAAAUACGCCGAUAGCAGUGACAGCUUUCCACACACGCACCGAGCCAUCUAUCAGUCAAGCACUCCAAAGAUUCUGGGAGAUCGAUGAGAUACCUGCCACAAGAUUUCUCACUCCCGAAGAGCAGCUCUGUGAGAAGCUCUACCUCGACACCGUCCGUCGUAGCGAGGACGGAAGGUAUGUUGUUCGACUGCCGUUGCGCUCCCCCGAACCUAUAACCGACACUCACGCGAUUGCUGCUGCCAAUCUCCUACGAUCAGAAAAACAGCGAUCCCGCAAUGCUGAAUUAAAUCGUGCGUAUAUAAAGUUCAUGGAAGAAUACGAAGCCAUGGGACACAUGCGCCUCGCCACCAAUGAAGAGAUUCAAGACGCAGAGUAUUACAUGCCACAUCAUGGCGUCUUGAAGCCGGACUCGAAGAAACUCCGAGUGGUCUUCAACCCAUCACAAAAGGGUAGCAACGGCAAGUCGUUGAACGACUACUUACUUCCGGGACCAAAACUUCAAGGCGACAUAACACUCAUUCUCACCAGAUGGAGAUUCUUCAAAUUCGCAUUUACGGCAGACAUCGUCAAGAUGUUCCGGCAAUUUGAUGUCCACGAAUCUGACCUCCGCUACCAACACAUUUUUUGGAGAGCGGACCCUCUACAACCAAUGCACGAUUUUUGUCUAACCACAGUUACCUACAGCACCGCUGCUGCACCGUUUCUGGCGAAUCGCACGAUGCUGCAACUAGCACACAAAGGCGAGUCCACACACCCCAAGGCCGCACAGAUCAUUCGGCAGCAAACAUAUGUCGACGACGCGUUUGCCGGCGCCGACUCGAUUGAAGAAGCACUAAUAGUAAAGGACCAACUAAUCAGUCUACUCAAGUCCGCUCAGCUCAAGCUCGGUAAAUGGUCAGCGAACUCGCCAGACCUAUUGAUCAACAACGACGACUCGAACGAACGAUCUAUCACAACGCAUACAGAAGACUCCGUCUCCACACUUGGCGUUCGGUGGCAGCCUUGCUCCGAUUACUUUAACUUCAUUGCCCAUCUUUCUGCAUCAAGGGAAAAUUAUACAAAGCACAGCGUACUCUCUGAGACUGCGAAGUUAUUUGAUCCGCUGGGCUGGCUUACUCCUAUAAUCAUCGUAGCCAAGAUUAUACUCCGGGAUAUGUGGCUGCACGGUGCGGAUUGGGAUGCGACGCCGCCAGAAGAGCUGGCGGAUCGGUGGGUCGACUUUCGUGAUGCACUGCCCUUGAUUAACUUAAUCAGGGUACCAUGGUGGACGAACGUUCAUGAGAAAACUCAGUGGCAACUGCAUGGCUUUGCAGAUUCUUCGGAGAGAGCUUACGGGGUGGUUGUGUAUGCCGUCACUCCCGGCACAUCGGCGAUUAUUUUGACUGCUAAAUCAAAAGUAGCGCCAAAAAAGGAAGAAACGCUUCCCCGCCUGGAACUGUGUGCAGCUUUGCUUUUGGCCCGUCUGGUCAAGCACCUACUCGACGGGUUGCCUCAUCUGCCGCACACGGUAAAUCUUUGGAGCGAUUCACAAGUGACGCUUGCGUGGCUGCGCGGCCACCCAUUAAAAUGGCCCACCUUUGUAGCCAAUCGCGUGAGUCAAAUUAACACUCUCGUACCACAAGCUCGUUGGAUGCACGUCCCCUCGGAAGACAACCCGGCUGAUAUAGCUUCUCGAGGAAUAAGCCCUCCCGAGCUUGCAGCAGCAAACCUGUGGUGGCACGGACCUAGUUGGUUACCUCAUGAAAGACAGUGGCCAACCCCGAGCUCUCAAGCUCCACAUUCUGAGCAGACCCUGCGAGCCCACGCAGUCUCCGCACGCGCACAGCACACGCAAGACGACGAACGUCUUGUUACAAUUUUGUCGAAACACUCAGACUACAAAAGAUUGUGGCGCAUCGUAGCUUGGAUAUACAGAUGGCGAUUCAACGCAAAAUUAAAUAAGAAAAACUGCUUAAAAGGACUUGCGACAGUCGAAGAACUGGACGCCGCUGAGACCGCCAUCUUCCACGUGAUGCAGGAAGAUAAAUUUGGGGCAGAGCUCGACGCCUUGCGCAAGAAGAAACAGCUUCCAAAAAAACGUCAUCUUCGACGACUCGUGCCAUUCAUCGACGAUUCCGGGCUUCUUAGAGUCAAAGGUCGCUUACAAAAUGCAAUACUCGAGUACAGCGAAAAGCAUCCUAUCAUCUUGCCAGGUAAUUCCCCGUUGAUUCGAUGCUACAUCGAGUACGUACACAAGCUCACGCUUCAUGGAGGUAUUCAAUUGAUGCGCAGCCACCUCGGACAGUCGGUCUGGAUCACGAACGGACUCCGAGUGAUUCGAGGGGUAUAUCAACAAUGUAUUACAUGUGUCAGAUACCAAGCCCGUCCAGAAAAUCAACAAAUGGCCCCCCUUCCUGAUUGCUGCGUAAAACCAGCUAGACUAUUUGAAGUGUCAGGUGUCGACUUUGCCGGCCCCUUCUCAAUACGGGCCUCCAAAGUUCGAGGUAGCAGCACAUACGUGAAGGCCUACAUAUGCAUCUUCGUAUGCAUGCUGACAAGGGCUGUUCACAUUGAGGGGGUCACAGGACUUACCACGGACGACUUUUUGGCUGCUUAUGCGCGCUUUACAGGACGAAGAGGAGUGUGUAGAGUCAUAUAUAGUGAUAACGCUACAACUUUCAAAGCGGCCUCGAAGGAGCUUGGUAGCCGACUUCGGGAAGUUCUGCAGAUGCCAGGAGGAAUCAUCAACCAAGUGGCCACCCAAGGGACGAUGUGGAAAUUCAUACCCCCUCGUGCACCUCAUCACGGCGGUGUGUGGGAAUCGGCCGUGCGAAGUUUCCAUUUCCAAAUUCCACUUCAAAAGAGUGGUAGGUAA